GCCCAUCCUGCGGCUAGACAACAUCUCUUAAGGAUUAUCGUAUGUACGGCCACUUGACUAAUUGAUUUACUGCCUAGACAACUCAAGAUGAGCAACUAUACUGCAAAGCCACAAAGCCAUAAUCCAGAUGGUUACUACGAUCUCGGGUCCUUCCACCGGCCAGUGACCACUUCCAGCCAUGAGGCUCAGACCUGGUUCGAUCGCGGCCUCAUCUGGACGUAUGCUUUUAACCAUGAAGAAGCAGUAAACUGUUUUGAAAAAGCUAUUGGACACGACCACUCCUGUGCCAUGGCAUACUGGGGGCUGGCGUACACCCUAGGCCCCAACUACAACAAGCCAUGGCAAUUUUUUGACCAACAGGAACUGGAAAGGACGGUUCAGCGCACUCACCGAGCAGCUGAAGAUGCUAGAAAGCUUGGGAUUAUGGCGAGGCCCGUCGAGUCGGCACUUAUCGAAGCCCUCCAAAGGCGAUACCCGCAGGAUGAGCCGCUAGGAGACUGUUCUUCUUGGAACCAGGGAUAUGCCGAAGCUAUGCAAUCUGUUUACCAGCGAUUCCCAGAUGACCUAGACGUCGCAACGUUGUACGCUGAUUCGCUGAUGAACUUGACACCAUGGGAAUUAUGGGACUUGCGGACUGGUCAGCCGGCCUCAACCGCACGCACGGUUGAGAUAAAGACAGUACUUGAUCGGGCUCUAGCACAGGACGGAGCUCUCCGUCACCCUGGCCUGCUGCACAUGUACAUCCAUUUGAUGGAGAUGUCGGGCACACCCGAGACGGCCUUGCUUGCUGCGGAUAACCUGCGUGGAUUGGUGCCUGACGCAGGCCAUCUUAACCACAUGCCUACUCACUUGGAUAUCCUUUGCGGCGAUUAUCGGAAGGCAAUUGCGUCUAACUCUGAAGCGAUCCGUGCUGAUGAAAAGUUCCUUGCUCGUGCGGGAGCUGUUAACUUCUAUACCCUCUACCGGUCGCACGAUUAUCAUUUUCGAAUCUAUGCUGCGAUGUUCGCGGGGCAGUCAAAGGUUGCCAUAGAUACUGCUGAAGAGCUAGAGUCGUCCAUCCCUGAUGAGCUACUACGCCGCGAGUCACCACCGAUGGCCGAUUGGCUUGAAGGCUUUCUAGCUAUGAAGGUGCACGUAUUGAUUCGGUUCGGACGCUGGCAGGAUAUCCUCGAUCUUGAAGUUCCACACAACAAGAAUCUUUACUGUGUGACAACAGCAAUGAUCCAUUACGGGAAAGGCGUUGCGUUAGCUGCAACGGGACAGGUUGAUCAGGCAGACAAGGAGCGAGAACUCUUUCAUGGGGCGUUGAAGCGUGUUGCGUCUACUCGUAUGCUGUUCAACAAUAAAUGUAUUGACAUACUAGCUAUUGCAGAGGCUAUGCUUGAUGGAGAGCUCGAAUAUCGCAAGGGGAAUUAUGAUGCGGCCUUUAGUCACCUAAGACGGUCCAUCUCCCUGGAUGACGGACUACCUUACGACGAGCCUUGGGGAUGGAUGCAACCGACUCGACAUGCUUAUGGUGCUCUUUUACUUGAGCAGGGACGAGUUGAAGAAGCUGCGGCGGUUUACAGUGCCGAUCUGGGGCUGGAUGAGACCUUGCCCCGUGCGCUGCAGCACCCGAACAACGUGUGGUCGCUACAUGGAUAUCACGAAUGCCUGAUAAAGCUUGGACGGACUGCCGAGGCAAGCAUUAUCCAACAGCAACUGAAACUUGCAGCAGCGACAGCCGAUGUCCGAGUUCAGUCAUCGUGCUACUGCCGCAGAAGUGCUGGUUGUAGCUAGGGCUUCUCGAUUACUGCUAAUAUGCGAACUAUCAAUUAGAUUGAGGUGAAUAGCGUGCUUGUCAGAUCUACAAUAAUAUUUCUCCACUGAUAUAGUGGCUUGACCCAGUGUACUUUUUGCAUUUCUUGUGACCAUUCUCAACACAAGUUCCCAGCCCCUUGGAAUGUGCUUAUUCCUUUCACUCUGUAUCUGUAGCUUAGCAACCAUACUUGAUGUACUUAUAGCAGCUUCACUUGAUUCUUACUCAAUUGACAAAGCACUUUCACCUGUGGG